GGCUGUGUCACCUACUCACUGCGAUGCUGAAUGGACAGCAAUCCAGCAUUCGCCUGCGUCUGACUCGGUGACACUACUGUUGGUGACACAGUUAGAGAACGUUGGUGGAUUCUGCAAGGUCUACGGAGCUUACGGCCCCACGUAACUCACAGUAAAGAGUGCCGCCCGACAACGCUGUCCCUACACACAAGCGUUCUUUUCAAGGGUUCGCGUGAGCCGCGAGCCAGGCGCAGAGCCGAGCGGAGCCAGGGGACCUGGACCGCCAGGUCCCCCCGCGCCUCGAGGCGGGAGCUCGGACCGCUGCGGACCGUUCCCAGAGCGGCCGCCAGGGGGCGCGCGCACACGGCGGCGUGGAACUUCGCGCUUUGUCCCCUCGCGCGGUCCGUCUCCGGGCGCCGCGGCGGGAAAUCCGACGGGCUCCUCCCGGCCGCCGCCUCCUACUGCCCUGGCACGCCUGCCUGGGUCGGCCCGGUGAGAUGGAGGAGGACGAGGCGGCCGAGGAGCAGCAGCGAUUCUCCUACCAACAGAGGCUAAAAGCAGCCGUUCACUACACCGUUGGGUGCCUUUGCGAGGAAGUUGCGUCGGACAGAGAGAUUCGGUUCAGCAAACAAACCAUUGCGGCCAUCUCGGAGCUGACUUUCCGGCAGUGCGAAAACUUCGCCAAAGACCUCGAAAUGUUUGCAAGACACGCAAAAAGAAGCACAAUUAACACGGAAGAUGUGAAGCUCUUAGCCAGGAGGAGUAAUUCACUGCAUGAUGUCAGAGACAGACCCCAGGCUAGAGUGUAUGGAGACAGUUCCAUUACGGUGCCCGCAAGUCUGAUGGGCCAGCUAAAAUACAUCACAGAGAAAAGCGAAGAGCUUGCACAGUUUAACUCAGAACAAAGAGCAAAAAAGAAGAAGAAAUUAGAGGAAGAAAACCAAAAACCAGUGGAGCCAGCAGAGGCUGCAGCAGCAAAAAAGGACAAUUCGAGUCUGUAGCUGUCGCUGGCAAAGGCAGCCUUCAGCAGGGAGGUUGCCAAGAGCUUGCGUUGCCACAAAGGGGUUUUCCAAGGGGUCAGUAGAGAUUAAAAUAAAAAGGCUAAGAGGCUUGCUGGGCUGCUUUCUCAGAGUCAUUGGCUGCCAAAGCUGGUGUCAAAGAGACCGGAAACUCUCCAGCGAAAUACUCCCGUCUCUCACCCUCCACUAACACGGGAGGGUUUGAGUGGCAAAGAUUGGAAGCUGUAUCUAUUGCUAAUAAAAUUGUGUCAGCAGCUUAAA